AUGGAAUCCACCAAAUUGCUUUUCUUCCUCCAAUACUGUUUCAUUGGCUACUGCUAUCUCGCCAUUGUAGCUCUUGGUGUCCAGCAUAAUGUGGUGGAGGUGGAGGUGGAGGUCUCGGCUCUGCUCGCAAUUAAAUCGAGCCUGGUCGAUUCGUCAAACCAGCUUGCGGAUUGGAGGUUGGGUUCUGGGAGUCACUGCAACUGGACCGGUUUGAGUUGCAAUGCCAAGGGUCUUGUGGAAAGGCUCGACCUUUCCAACAUGAAUCUCAGUGGCAGCAUCUCGGAUCACAUUCAGCACCUGAGGAGUCUAUCAUUUUUCUCUGUCUUCAACAAUGGCUUCACCUCUGCCUUGCCGGAAUCUUUGGGGAAUCUCACUUCACUGAGGACUGCUGACUUCAGUAUGAACAACUUCAUCGGCAAGUUUCCAGCUGGCCUUGGAAUGGCUCCAGGGUUGACUUUGCUCAAUGCCUCAAGCAACAACUUCUCGGGGCUUCUCCCUGCGGAUCUAGGCAAUGCGACAUUGUUGCAAAGCCUGGAUUUUCGAGGGAGCUUCUUCCAAGGGCCGAUUCCUGGAUCUUUCAGGAAUCUGCAGAAGCUCAAGUUUCUUGGCCUUUCUGGUAAUAACCUGACUGGAAACGUCCCAAAGGAGAUCGGCCAGCUGACUUCUUUGGAGACGAUAAUUCUGGGUUACAAUGAGUUUGAAGGAGAAAUCCCAGCAGAGAUUGGCAAUCUCACCAAUCUUCAGUAUCUAGAUUUGGCUGUUGGCAGUCUCAGUGGCCAGAUUCCUGCUGAAUUAGGCAAGCUGAAAAUGCUCACAACUUUGUUUCUGUACGGGAACAACUUCACUGGCAAGAUCCCACCAGAACUUGGCAGCAUUCAAUCUCUCACAAUGUUGGAUCUCUCUGAUAAUCAGAUUUCAGGAGAGCUGCCUGCGGAGAUUGCUGAGCUCGAGAAUCUGGAGCUGUUGAAUGUGAUGCGAAACCAGCUCACUGGUCCAGUCCCUAGCCAGCUCGGUAACCUGACCAAAUUACAGGUACUCGAGCUGUGGAAGAACUCUUUUACAGGUUCGUUGCCAACGAAUCUCGGGCAGAACUCGCCUCUGCAGUGGCUAGAUGUGUCGUCCAACUCGUUGUCAGGUGAGAUUCCGUUUGGUCUAUGUGACUCGGGGAAUCUCACCAAGCUCAUACUCUUCAACAACUCAUUCUCUGGUUCAAUCCCAAUGAGCCUCACGACUUGCAAGUCACUGGUUCGGGUCAGGAUGCACAACAAUCAUCUCUCUGGGGCAAUUCCAGUAGGCUUUGGUACCCUCCCACAGCUUCAGAGGCUGGAAUUGGCCCAAAACAAUCUCACUGGUCAAAUCCCUGAUGACCUUUCUUUAUCCACUUCUCUCAACUUCUUUGAUGUCUCUGGAAACCAUCUCGACUCCUCUCUUCCUUACAACAUCCUCUCCCUUCCGACACUUCAGACAUUCAUGGCUUCGGGCAACAGCUUCCAGGGCAGGAUACCAGACCAGUUCCAGGACUGCCCAUCGCUUUCGGUCCUUGAUCUCUCCACCAACCAUUUUUCAGGAAACCUUCCACAAAGCAUUGCUUCGUGCGAAAAGCUGGUGACUUUGAAGCUCAGGGGAAACCAGUUCAGUGGAGAAAUCCCACAUGCAAUUGCCACAAUGCGCACUUUAUCCAUUCUUGAUCUGUCAAAUAAUUCUCUGACUGGUCAUAUCCCACCAACCCUUGGAAGCUCGCCAGCGCUGGAAAUGAUCAAUGUAUCACAUAACCAGCUACAAGGUCCAGUUCCAUCCAACGGCUUAUUUGCUUCUAUAAACCCUAGUGACCUCGUAGGCAACCCUGGCCUUUGUGGCGGCGUGCUUCUGCCUUGUCCUACAAUGCCUCCAACCUCAAGGCAGCGGCAAAAUCUCCACGUCCGGCACAUUCUCUUCGGACUCCUUGUUGGAAUCGCAGUGAUUCUAUUUCUCGGCAUUGCAUUCUUUGCAGGGAGAUGGGUGUACAAAAGGUGGUACCUGUGCAAUAGUUUUGUUGAUGAUUACUUCAACAAAAGCAGCAAAGAAUGGCCAUGGACAUUAGUAGCAUUCCAAAGGCUGAGCUUCACCAGCAAUGACAUACUGGCAAGCAUAAAAGAAUCGAACAUUGUCGGCAUGGGAGGAUCAGGUAUCGUUUACAAAGCUGAAGUCCACAGGCCACAUGGAGUGGUGGCAGUGAAGAAACUCUGGAGAACUGAACCAGACAUUGAAAAUGGUGAUGAUCUGUUUGGAGAGGUCAGCCUCCUGGGGAGGCUCCGGCACCGAAACAUUGUGAGGCUGCUAGGGUACCUACACAAUCAAAAAGAUGUUGUGAUGAUUUAUGAGUACAUGCCAAAUGGAAACCUGGGAACAGCUUUGCAUGGUAAAGAAGAUGAGAGGUUGUUGGUGGAUUGGGUCUCAAGGUAUAACAUAGCCUUCGGAGUUGCUCAGGGGCUGCACUACCUCCACCAUGAUUGUCGCCCUCAGAUCAUCCAUCGUGACAUCAAGUCCAACAACAUCCUGCUUAAUGCUAAUCUUGAGGCGAGAAUUGCUGACUUCGGAUUGGCAAGAACAAUGGCUCAUAAGAAUGAGACAGUUUCGAUGGUGGCUGGAUCUUACGGCUAUAUUGCACCUGAAUAUGGAUACACUUUGAAGGUUGAUGAGAAGAGCGACAUAUACAGCUUUGGAGUAGUGCUUUUGGAGCUCCUGACUGGGAAAGUGCCUCUAGACCCAGCAUUCGGAGAAUCUGUUGAUAUUGUGGAGUGGAUCAGAACCAAGAUGAGAAACAAUAAACCAUUGGAAGAAGCACUUGACUCUAGCAUAGCAGGACAAUGCAAACUUGUACAGGAAGAGAUGCUUCUGGUUCUACGGAUUGCGAUUCUUUGCACAGCAAAGCUCCCAAAGGAGCGACCAUCCAUGAGGGAUGUCAUAACAAUGCUUGGAGAGGCAAAGCCAAGAAGGAAAAGCAUUUGUCAAAAUGGAACACAUAACUCUGUGAAAGAUAAACCGGUUUUUAGCAGCUCACCUGUUAUAGGCCUUCUAUAGGUGCAAGAAUCCCCUCUCUUGCUUCUGUAUUUUCUGUCAACUCUAUUUUCUGUAAAUCAUUCUUUCUCACCCAAUUAUUACCUGUUAUGGCUGCCAGUAUAUGCCGCCAUGUUUUCUUACAAUUUUUCAGAUAUGUAAUUUCAUCGAACAUUUAAUGCAACAUAACAUGAAGUAGUCUUUACAAUAUCCAAUGCCUGGCAAAAUAUAUUCCAGUGUCAGGAAUAGAUAGAAUAUUCUCAUAGACAAUUUCAUCAACAACUAUAUCAAGUUGAAUCUACUUCUGAUUCUGUGUCGAACUCUCAAAUUUGAACCUGCAGUAAAACUUUUGGAAUGCAAUCUCCUGUUUUGCUGCUGUAAAUGCUUUGUCAAUCCACGGGCAUGCAGUUAUGCAGUCUUCUCAGCCUGUUGCUUCUGAAACCAUCACAAGUGACCAAAGCAUAAUACAGACUGACAAACACCUGAGGUAAUUCUCCUUAACCAAGAACAAACUAAACACUCACUGCACAAAAAUAGAAUCCAGAUACCUCUGGCAAAAGUAUGAAUAAGACGCUUAUUGUUCCCGCGAUUGAGAAGACAUUUAACAGAGAAAAGAUGCUCU